AUGUCUACUGCGAUAAUGCACAGCACGUCACUCUACGACUUUGGCGAUUAUCCACGAAACAAGAACCAAAACAACACUUCCCGAAGCAGCGCACAGAUGAUCGUUGGCGGUGGUGGUGUUGGUGGCGGCAACGUGCACAACAUCACCCCCGUUGGUGUCUCCACCAACAACAAUCAAAUUGUGUUCUCGUCUUCAAACUUCAAUGCUACCUCUAGCAGCAGCAGCAGCAGCAACAGCAUCAACGGCAAUGCUCAGCAAUCGCACACUAGCAACCAUCGACUUGACCAGCUGAAGAUAGGUCCGCUUAAUCUGCUGUUUGACCUGGCCGAUGGUCCAUCGCCCCAGCACAAGUCGCAACAGCAGCAGCAGCAGCAUGGCAAUGGUGGUGGCGGCGGCGGCGGUGGUGGUGCGCAUCAUUCGCUGCACCGUACCGCAUCGCAGCCGGCGACCCGUCACAUGGUGGAGAAUCUCCUGGAGAUGUUCUCGCUGAACGGUAUGAAGCUGCUGCCGGAGCUUAGCUUCGGCAGUGCGACCAGCAGCGCCAACUCCAUCAACAGUAACAGCAAUGGUGGCAACAACAGCAACAACAACCAGCACGCUACUAGCAACACUUCCUCCUCCUCCGGUCACCGGAAGUUGGAACGAACGCAGUCCGAACCGCUGCCACAGCAAGUAAAUACCUCGAGAUACAAAACCGAGCUCUGCCGACCGUACGAGGAGGCGGGAGAGUGCAAGUACGGCGACAAGUGUCAGUUUGCGCACGGCAUGCAGGAGCUGCGCAAUUUGCAGCGCCACCCGAAAUACAAGACCGAACUGUGCCGUACGUUCCACAGCGUGGGCUUUUGCCCUUACGGGCCACGCUGCCACUUUGUGCAUAACGCGGAGGAAGCGCGUAACCACAACCGUAACGUGGCCGCGUACCAUGCACGUUUGGCCGCGGCCGCCGCAGCAGCCGCCGGCAACAACAACUCAUCCCAGUCAGCGCAGGGUGGUGGUACGAACAGGAGCAACAACGCUAACAACAACAACGGUCCCAGUAUGAUCAACGGUAACAAUCAUCAUCAUCAUGGCCAUCACCACAACCAACAGCAGCAGCAGCAGCAGCAACACAACAGUGCUUUGAAAUCGCUCUCGGUGGUACAGCUGCAGACGGCGGCAGUCAUUCUCCAACAAUCUUCGAUUGCUCAUCAGCAGCAGCAUCAGCUUCAUCAUCACCAACAGCAACACCACCACCACCACCAUCAUCAUCAGCUGCCACUCAGUCCGGCACUGUCGAUGUCCACCGGUUCGGAUCGGGCAUCACCGAUCGGUUCGCUGUCCCUCAGCCCCACCACAUCGAUGGCCAACUUCUUCCCGGAAGCGAUCAGCCCAACGCUCCAGCAGGGUACCAUCCCGCAACCGUUCCUCUUCCCCAGCAGCCCACCGGCCAGCCCGAUCGAGGGCUUGUCGCCGAUGGCCAGUCCGCCACCGUCCUCUCCCUCGCUAGCCGCCAUGAAGAUGGGGCACAAUGGUGGUGCCACCAACAACACCACCAGCACCACCGGCCAGGAGGAACGCCUUCCGGUGUUUAAUCUGCUGAGCUCCGUCGUGAAUCCGUACUCUCAACUCGCACUGUAA